GUUCUGAUUUCAUCGUGAAAAUUGGAUCUCAUCAACAACCGCAUUUGACCGGCAGAACCGAAAGACCAUAAUGGCCUCACAAGAUCACCUCGCAUCGCUCUGCAAAGUGGUGCUGAACAACCUGGAAUACCAGCACGACUGGACACAACUACAACAGCACACUCGGGCCGGCCUGUCCAGGCCACUUCUCUACGGCCUCCCGCCAAAGCGACUCUACGUGCACCCGGACGAGCAGAUCGACAUCAUCAAGGCGGAAAAGGACCGCGGAGAGCGUAUACCCCAGGAGCCCGAGGUGGAGUGGGUCCUCCCGGUGCAUCUCUCUGAGAAGUGGUCGCCUGCACAAUUCGCUGCUGUCUUUGAUGGCAUCGAGGCUAUUCCGCCUGGUGGUGCAGAGCAGGAAGCGUCUGAGGGGGAGGAGAGAGAGGAGCAGUGGAGGCUCUGGAGAGGGCCGAAGCGUGGGAAGCGGAUUCUGCUCGCGACAGUCCAGGACGACUCGACUGUUACCUACUACUGGAUUUUUGACGGGCUGGUGAAGCCUAGGCAGAACUGAGCUGCUCUGGUCUCAGCCCUAACGCCUUCAGGGCCCUCUGUUUCACUAAGCACUAAGCUACUCCGGUAUGCCGGGGAAGCAGCAGGGAGCACAGCAUUCUGCCUCUUCCACAAACCUGCGGCGCCCUCAUUUCCAUAUCAAGGCUGGAAGACGACCUUCUGCACCUUCAUCUGGUCAAACAGAUCGUAGCCCUCAACCGCUUCAGUGAGCCGCAUGAUCUUGUCGAACAUGAAGCUGA